GUUACCUUCAUGGUUGCUCCUCCGGGCUCGUCCGCUCGAGUUAACGGGCUGCUCCGGAAGCGCGCGCCGGUGUGCCCAGGAAAGGGCUCCUCCGGGACGUGCUCUCUUAGAUCCGCCCGCCGCUUCAGACUCGGGCUGUUUCUGAAGUGGAGAGCCGGGGCCGAGGCGCCGGGAGCUGCAGGCCGCUCUGGGGGCUGUGCAGGUGUAUCAGUUCUACUUUUUUGACUUGAAAGAUGUCUCUAAACCCACCUACAUUUUUCAAAGAAGACAACGAUAGUAAAUCAGAAUUACAAAACACUUCUCUAACUAAAGAAGAUCCCCUUCAAAACUUAUGCUUAGCAUCUCAGGAAGUUCUCCAAAAAGCCCAGCAGAGUGGUAGAGCCAAAUGUCUCAAAUGUGGAGGCUCAAGAAUGUUCUACUGCUACACAUGUUAUGUUCCAGUUGAAACUGUCCCAAUUGAACAGAUUCCAGUUGUGAAGCUUCCAUUGAAGAUUGAUAUUAUUAAACAUCCUCAUGAGACAGAUGGCAAAAGUACUGCUGCACAUGCUAAACUCUUAGCACCUGAAGAUGUGAAUCUUUACACAUAUCCUUGCAUUCCAGAAUAUGAAGAAAGGAAGCAUGAAAUUGCACUUGUUUUUCCUGGUCCCAAUUCUGUCUCAGUAGAAGAUAUUUCUCUUCAUCUGCACAAACACAUUCCAAGUAAUGCUUUGUAUAGCAGCAAAAAUGAGAGCUCUGGCAAACCACCCAAUAAGCGCCAAAAAAUAGAAGUAGAAAAGAAUGGAGAUGCAGAGGAGAGCAGCAGGACGGACGGCACCUCACUGAAGAAAGUUGUUUUUAUAGAUAGUACGUGGAACCAGACCCACAAAAUAAUUUCUGAUGAACGACUUCAAGGGUUAUUACAAGUUGAGUUGAAGACACGGAAAACUUGCUUUUGGCGCCAUCAGAAAGGAAAGCCAGAUACCUUCCUUUCCACAAUUGAAGCUAUUUACUAUUUUUUGGUAGAUUACCACACUGCUAUUUUAAAAGAGAAGUACAAAGGACAGUAUGACAACCUUAUGUUUUUUUAUUCGUUUAUGUACCAACUGAUUAAAAAUGCCAAGAGUUCUGCAGGAAAACAGCAAGAAAAUAGUGCUAUUAAUUUGUAAACAGAAUAAUUCAUUAAAUUUUGUUAUUGUCAUGUUUGAUAAACUUGUAAUGAACAUUGUGCUCUGUUUUUUACCAACUAAGAAAUCUAAACCAUUCUGUGCUUAGAAUAAUGAUUGCCAGACAAAUAAGAAUGGAUAAUAAUAAUGGACUGGUGAUCUGUUUUUAUAUGUGGCAAAAGUAAAUACUGAUAUGUAAGGAAGGAGCUGUUUAGGAAGGUUAACUGAGAAUAUUAAUUUUAAAAUUUAUGUGGUAGGCAACAUAAUCUUAAAACAGUUACCUUAAAUUUAAAUUGUAUUUGUAUGGUGCAUUUCAAAAUUAUUUUGAUAACAUCAUAGUUUAUAUAGUAACCCCAUGAGGUAACUAGAGUGAUUAUUAAUAUCUUCACAUUAUACAUGAUGAAACUAUGGCAGUAAGGAAUUUAAUGAUUUGUUCAAGGUUAUGUAUCUAAUGAGGAGCAGUGACAGAGCCAGAACCGUGGGUCUCCAGAAGUGUGUCUAUUUGGCUUUUCUUUCUCUUAAAACUUGAAUUCCCAGGGCAGCUAGGUGGUGCAGUGAGUAGAACACUGGCCCUGGAAUCAGGAGGACCUGAGUUCAAAGGCGACCUCAGACACUUGACACAUGUACUAGCUGUGUGACCUUGGGCAAGUCACUUAACUCCAAUUGACCUGCCCCCACCCAAAAAAAAGCAAAAAAAAAAAAACCAAACUUGAAUUCCUAACUGUGCCUUCUAUCAGUUUACCUUUCCCAAAGAAAUACAAAGUUUAGUAGGAUCUUAGAUUUGUAAAUAGGAAUCCAUGUGCCAAUUCUAUAAAUGUUAAAAAAAAAUUAGAAGUAAAAUUAAGUUAUAUUUAACUGAAUAGGAUUGUGUUAGAACUAGAAAAGUUUAUAAGAUUCAGUGUGUUGUCACAAAUGAUCAGAGAAAUAUAUUAUCCAAUCAAGGAUUUUAUAAUCCAUAUAAAUUAAUUGAAAAAAA